AUUGAUAGUUUCUUUAAAAUGUAAUAUCAGUUUGAAGCUUAAAUAGCAGAAUGUAAGUCAUCAGUAUUGUUUUGUAAAAAACAUAAUAAUUACUAUUCAUUUUGAAUCACGGAGCUGACUUUAUGGUUGUGAAAAUGUCGUGGGUUGAUCAAAGAAAUCGGCGGAACAGUCCGCUUUCUCCACCAACCACUCCAGAAGAAGACUUCAAAACCAUGGAGCCUGACACACUUAUGGGAGAGCUGGAGAACAUAAGAAGCAUCAUCCUAUUUACUAAAAAGUACAUAGAUGACAUCAAUUCAAGAUUUGCUGGCAUCAAACAUCCACCACCUCUUUACCUCAGUGAAUACCAAGAACUUACGGGCAAGCUCCACAAAUUUGAAGCUCGUGAACAGGAAAUUCUAGAACACCUUGGUGGGGAGGUGCUGAGUAGACAAGAUGAGGCACAAUCUGAGGAAGAUGUCACUUUUGGGUGCAGUGGAGGGAGCCUUGUGAGCAGCGUCAGCACUGGCUACUUUGGGGACACUGAGGCCUCAGAGUUGGGGCUCAGCUACCCCAGUGUAGCUAAUGCCACUCAGAACAGCACCAGCCCUCCACAGCAUGGUGACAGCGGCCAAAUAUACCAGACUGGCAAGCCUCCUCCUCUCUCCUACCAUGCUGGGGAUGAUGCAGCACUACUUGACCCCACCACCCCCACCCCCUCACAAACUGGUGCUGUGAUGUACACGUCAGACGAGGGCUGCGGCAGCGGCAGCAGCAGCCUGCGGUCUACGCCUCAGUCACCGCGUCGUGCCGUCGUCAAGGCGCAUCUUCCCAACCAGCAGCGCACCAUUGUGCAGAUUCAUCCUGGCCGGACGUUGAGAUAUGCGUUAUCUAAAGCACUAAGUCUACGCAAGCUGUCACCUGAGCUGUGCUCUGUCUACAAAGCUCAUCCUAAGGCGCUGCUGUCAUGGGACCAGGACAUCGCUCUCGUUGAGGGCGAUGAGAUCAUCGUCGAGCUCAAGGAGAAGUUCCCCGUCACCACAUCAAUCUCACACAACUUCAUCCGGAGAACUUUCUUCUCGCUGGCAUUCUGUGACAGUUGUCGCAAGUUGCUAUUCCACGGCUUUGUGUGUCGAACCUGCGGCUACCGCUUCCACCAGCGCUGCUCCUUCCACGUGCCAUCUUUAUGUCAAGACCAUCGUAUGACCAAUAAUAUCUACCAGCAUUUACUGGCCCAGCAAAGCAACAACCCUGCUGGUAUUCUCAAUACAUGUACGAGUUACUCAACGUCUUCGGGUUACUAUUACCUUGAUGGUUUGGCUGGCACGUAUAACCUUCACCCCACGACCGGGUCCUCUCGUCACCACCACCACCAACAACAUCACCACCAGCAUCACCACAACCAUCACAUGGAGGCAUCACAAUCUACUAACAUACAUGGGGGAGCUCGGUCUGCUCCGGCGCCUCUGGCUCCCCGAGACAGGUCGUCGUCAGCGCCCAACGUGUGCUGUAAUCUGGUGAACCCUGCCAGCCUCAGCGACGCCUCAUCCCUCGCCCGCCUCAAGACAUACGCGCCUCCCAGCCCAGACGAUCGCAGCAGCGACGGCAGCGAAGGCAGCACCAGCGAAGAAUGCCUCCCUCUCGCCCCCAACAGCGAUCCCCCGACCCCUCUAAACCACUUCCCAUCCCCCUCUACCCCGUCAAACGAUAACGUUUUUUUCUCUUCCACCGCCCCUGUGGUGACAAAACCUUCUUCUCGGUGUUAUAAUUACUUCAAUUUCAGAACACCUAUUCCAACUCCUCCUAUAACUCAGUCGUCAAGUCAUAAUAAACACAAUAAUCCAUUCAGUCCAGGUGCUUCUAGUUCCAUUAUCACCGUCUCUAAUAAUUCCUCUUGUUCUUGUGGAUCUAAAACUCCCAAGAUCAAGAAUAAGAAUAAAAGACACAAGUCCCCCGCGUCUGGCAAAAAGAAUUGCAGGGAUUUCCCUUCAUCCAUCAUGCGUUCACAGUCUUCUCACAGCACCACUAAAAUCUUCAACGGCAACAACAACAAACCAAAUGGUCCCACUAAACAGCGAAAAUUACCGUUCUGUUCGUACGGUAACAGCAAUACCCUCGGGUCGUCGUUCCAAUCUUUAAAUCCGUACAUGAUGUUACCAGGAUACCUGGCGGGCGGUGCCCCUAACAUGGCUUCGUCAGGAGGGGGCAGCCCGCCCCCCUCCUCUGGCCAGGGUUGUGAUGGCACGUCCCAAGGGUCGCACUCGGCCCAGGCCUCCCCCACCAACACACUCAAACAAGUCAGACCCCGGGCUCGGUCUGCUGAUGAGACCGUCUCUGGCAAGAAGAUCAGGCAAUCGUCGUUCAAGGACGCAUCUGCGGAGGACUUCGAGAUCCCGCGCAAGGAGGUACUGGUUGGCAUGCGCAUCGGUUCGGGCAGCUUCGGGACGGUCCAUCGCGGCCACUGGCACGGUCUUGUUGCUGUCAAAACUCUCAAUUUCAAAGACCCGACACCAGCCCAGUACAACGCAUUCAAGAACGAGGUAGCAGUGCUCAAACGCACCCGACACGUGAAUAUUUUACUCUUCAUGGGAUGGAUCAAGACUCCUGAACUUGCGAUCGUGACGCAGUGGUGUGAGGGGUCCAGCUUGUAUAAGCACCUUCACGUUCAGGAGACAAAGUUCCCACUAAAGACGUUAAUUGAUAUCGCGUGCCAGACCUCCCAGGGCAUGGAUUAUCUUCACGCCAAGAAUAUCAUCCAUCGCGACCUCAAGUCUAACAAUAUUUUCCUUCAUGAUGAUUACACUGUCAAAAUCGGCGAUUUUGGUCUCGCCACGGUCAAGGAAGGCCGAUGGAACCAAGAAAGUGGAUCUGGACGGCAGCCGUCCGGCAGUAUAUUGUGGAUGGCUCCAGAGGUUAUUCGCAUGGAGCAAGAGAGUCCGUAUUCCUUCCAAAGCGACGUCUACGCGUUUGGCAUCGUUCUGUUUGAACUUUUCUCAGGUACACUCCCAUAUGCAAACAGCAGCAGCAAGGACCAGAUCCUGUUCCGUGUUGGGUGCGGGCUGCUGCGCCCCGACACAAGCCUCCUGCGCUCUGACACUCCCAAACCCAUCCGCAGACUGCUCAAUGACUGCAUCAAAUUUGCUUAUGAUGACAGACCUCUGUUUCCUCAGAUUCUGGCUAACCUGGAAUCGAUUGUGCGGUCUUUACCUAAGCUACAUCGCUCGGCCAGCGAGCCAAUACUGACGCGUUCCCAUCUCAAUGAUGACUUCAUGUACAUGUGCGCCUCGCCCAAGACUCCCAUGAACACUGGAGGCUUCCUCUUCACCACGGGCAACAUCUAGGAACUUCCUCUGUAGCUCCCAUCAACUAGGGGGCUCAUUUUCACCACAGGCAACACCUAGGAACUUUCUCUGUUGCUCCCAUCAACUGAAGGCUUCCUCUUCACCACAGGCAACAUCUAGGAACUUCCUCUGUAGCUCCCA